AUGGGAGCUGGACGUGGCAGGAACAGGCCCCACUGCAGCGUCCCGGAUGGGGAGCACCCCGCAGCCCGCCAAGGCCGAGGGCACCGCGCCCCAACCCACUUGGCCCGUGCCUGGCGCUUCCUGCAGACACUGCUCCCACCCGCAGCCCCAGGAGGAAGCCCUGCCUUGCACCGCACCCAGCUUUCCUCCGGAAGACCCAGGAGGCUGAUGGGGGGGCCUUCAGCUGCGAGCCCGGCCUUCAGGGUGUGGAGUGAGGUGGCGCCGCUCCGCCUUCAGAAGGACCCCCCCGCCCCCGGAGCCGCGAUCCACUUCGGUGGAGGUAAGAAGGGCAGAAACUUUGAGCCCACCCAGUCCUCUCUCUUCAGCAUAAUGGGGAGCUUUUUGAAGCACGCCAAGCCCCUCACAUGCACCCACCGCACCCGAAGACUGGAGCAGUCUCCCCUCAUCCCCACAGUGGCCAUCCAUGAAACUGGCCACGUCCUCGGUUUGCCUCCCAUCCACAGGACAGGACCUGGAAUACAGCCGAAUUCUAUUCCCUUGGUGCCUGCAUGCGAGUGGGACUGGUCCGAUAGAAAAGCAGUUUGUUCAUGCAAAGAAUCAUUUGAUGCUACAUUUGACUGGAUGCAGACAGACCACCAAGGAGAAGUGAUGGUGAGAUUCAGCACGUGUUUUUUACAUACCAGCUGGUGUUAGCUUUAAGAAAAUCAAAACCACCAGACCUACAGGGACCCUGUCCAGAUCCUCACAGGCUGGCACGGAGUCCCCACCCGAAACAUCGACGAACUUUGCCUGCAUCAGACGCAGAGAAGAGGAAAUCGGCAGUGGGGACAUGACAGUGACAAGCACCAGGCUCACACAGAAGACGGGGGCAGCUACCACAGCUUGAUUUCAGAAGGAUUUCCUGGCUCCAAGCCUCAUAAAAUGGCCACGGCCUUUUAUGACAGAAGAAGGCAGUUAACUGACUUCUUCAAAGGGUCCUUCACUUCCAGAAAAGCAGUCUUGGUUUCUUGGUUUCUUUGCCGGGCAGGUAAGUUUGCAUUUGAUGUGAACAGAAAUCGAGUCCUUGAUCCUUGUCCGAUGACAAUUACUAAGGCUUUUCCAGGAGCAGAGCCACAAAACCGCGUCAGAAACCUAGACUCAGCCUAUCACCACUCCAUCUUCUUCCUCAGAGGCGACGCGUCUGGGGAACAAGUGCACGACGCGGACCAACAGCAGCAUCCUUGGUUUCCUUCAGAUGGCUUAUUUCCAAAGCAGUCUGUCUCACAGAAGUGGCUCUCUUCCUCCACCCUGAACCUUCUUUCAGUGGUCCAUCUCUCCACACCCCCUGCCUCAAUUUCAUGGGGUCCAGUCAUAGGAGAUGCCAUACCUAAAGGCCUGGAAAUGACUUCACUGCACUGCAAACUCGGGGCUUCAAUGGAAGAGAGUGCAGAAUUUGAAUUCUCUACACUCCUAAGUCCCCGUCUUCACAGUUUCUCUCUUGCUAAUACUUGACAGCAUACAGAGGGUUUUCACGUGCAUCUCUCUCUCGAUCGUCAGACUCCGUCAGCGGGGCGGGGCAGAU